GCGGCCCCCACCCCCCACCGCCGCCGAUGUGCGACCCGAACCUGACGGCGCGAGCGGGAGCACACGCGCCCGCGCGCGCGCGCGCAGACCCGCUCGCCGACGAGUCGAACUACAGUCCGCGACCGUAUACCGUGGCCGCCGCGCCGUUACCAUCCGUUCACCGCGCGCCAGAACAGCAGUGCGCCUCGUCGUGCCAUCGCGUACGGUGUCCAGUGUGUGCGUGUGCGUUUGCGUCUGCGAGUGAGUGUGUGUGUCGUGUUUGUGUGUGCGAGUGCGCGGGCGCGUGUGUACUUACAUUCGUGUGACGAGAAUAAAAUUUAAUAUUUUACGUCAAACCUACGCCCGGGAUCAUAUUAAUAUCGUAUUGUUAUCGUAUUUUUGUCACCGUUCGCGGGCUUACUUCUUCGGCCGUCCGAUCGUAGGUAUAUCAUAUUAUAUACCUAUAUAUAUAUUAUUCUUUUAAGUCACGUAAAUACAUAACGGACACGUGGACGUGAAAUUUGUGUCAGACAAUAACGGAUUGACUACUAAGUCACACGCGGGGACCCAACAAGUCGAAGGUGACCACGUCCAUCGUACCACCGACACACCACGGAUGCGAUGUGAUGUGAUGUGAUCGGCGGCCGAGUGACAACGGGCGCGCGGCGCUGACAUCGCAGGUUGCUCGAGGCGCCCCCAAAACGGAGUACGUCACGGGGACGGGGCCAUGCGGCGCCCCCCCAGCCACAUACCAUCAGCCACUGAUCGAACACCAUCAGAACCACGUGCAACACCAUCAGUUGGUGGCCGCGUCCAACGGACAGUUGCGCGGUCAGUCCGGCGCCGCCGCAAUGGCCGUGGCCGCGGUCACGGCACCGCCAGUCCAGCCCGUCAACCCACUAAGCACCGUCUACGCGACCAAGCGGCGACGGCGCAACGGCAAGAGUGUGAAGACGACGCCCAAAGACGGUGGCGUGGGAAAGAGUAACCCAAGCAAGCGGCACCGCGAACGGUUGAACGCCGAGCUGGACACGCUGGCCAACCUGUUGCCGUUCGAACACAACAUAUUAUCCAAGUUGGACCGGCUGUCUAUACUCCGGUUGUCCGUCAGCUACCUGCGUACCAAGAGCUAUUUCCAAGUUACUAUGCACAAGUCCAAAGAAGAACAAGCCAAUGUUACCAGCUCCCAGUACCAGCGUUCCAGGACGUGCCCGGAGCCACAUCAUUUGUACUUGGACGGAGACAUGUUCCUACAAGCAUUAAACGGCUUUUUGGUGAUGCUCACCUGUGACGGGGAGGUUUUCUUUGCGACACAUACCAUAGAAAAUUAUCUUGGCUUCCACCAGUCCGACAUCGUUCACCAGUCAGUCUACGAACUAGUGCAUUCCGAGGACCGAGAAGAGUUGCAGAGACAGCUCAUGUGGAAUUCGGCCAUACCCACGGAACCGGGGUCGCCGUCUCCGUCCAUCACAUUGCACGAGGCCUUGCACCCGGAUAACUGCCGUCUGUUGCAACGUAGUUUCACCAUCCGUUUCCGGUGUCUGUUGGACAACACUUCCGGUUUUUUGAGACUAGACGUCCGCGGACGGAUCAAAGUAAUUCAUGGCCAAAACCGCAAGUCAGACGAACCACCACCAUUGGGCCUUUUCGCGCUUUGCACGCCGUUCGGCCCACCGUCUUUACUUGAAAUACCGCACAAGGAAGUCAUGUUUAAGAGUAAACAUAAACUAGAUCUCAGCCUAGUGUCUAUGGACCAAAGAGGCAAGUUAUUAUUAGGUUAUUGUGAUUCCGAACUCGCUAAUAUGGGAGGAUACGACUUAGUCCAUUAUGAUGAUUUAGCGUACGUCGCCAGUGCCCAUCAAGAACUGUUGAAGACUGGAGCAUCAGGAAUGAUUGCAUAUAGGGUGCAGACCAAACCAGGCACGUGGCAAUGGCUACAGACUAGUUCCAGACUGGUUUACAAAAACUCAAAACCUGACUUUGUGAUAGGCACGCACAGGCCUUUAAUGGAAGAAGAAGGCCGCGAUCUGUUGGGCAAGCGGACCAUGGACUUUAAGGUGAGUUACUUGGACGCGGGACUGACGAACAGCUACUUCAGCGACUCGGAACAACUGUCCGGCUCGUUGACGACGUCCACCACAGCGGCGGCCACCGCCGGUUCCGGUACAACCGGGUCGGCUGGUCAAACGCAACCGUCGCAGCCUAGGCGCCGGUACAAAACGCACCUACGGGACUUUUUGUCGACAUGCCGGACGAAGCGGAAAUUAUCGGCGAGCACCGCGACACCUGCACCAACGGUGGCGGCAACCGUGGCCGUCGAAUAUCCGGCGGCCGUCCAGGCGCCUUCGUUGCCUUCCGUACCGCCGCCGACCGCCGACGUCCUUUACACGAACCUAAACACGGCGGCGCUGUACUCGGCCGGACCGUACAACGGGGCAGUAGUCGCUGAUAACGGUGGAUACCAUCAGUCAAAUUUCCAUCAGACCCUCUACGAUACUCGAAUACCAUACCUGACGGCCACAGACAACCUGUUCCAGUAUAGGCCUUUGGGCAACUAUUACACCGAAUACCACACACCGGCCACUACACCAUACAUGGGAAACGGGUUUUUGGACAUAAGUCCCAGGGGACCCGUGCAGUGUGGUCUUCCCACAUACGAUCAGCUGACCACGGUGGCGACGGCGACUGUUGGUGGCAGAGAAUGCAGUGACAAGCUAUACGGAUCGCCACCAGUGGUGUCGAUGGAUCACCAGCAACAACAGCAGCAGCACCUACACCACCACCAUCACCACCACCAGCAGCAACAACAUCAGCAGCAACAACAUCAGCAGCAACAACAGAGCGGCGAAGACAACAUAGGAAAAUGUCAUAUGGACACCUCCACGGCCGCCGCCGCCGGUCUACCGUACCUGGUGCCAUUGUGCGACGUUCAGUUCCGCACGAAGAGCUCCUCGCCACCGGUGCCGAAUGGUCUGAAAAUCGAAGACUCGAAAUCCGAAUACGGAAUGCAAUCGUCUGAUUCGGACGUCCCCAGGCAAACGGUACUCAUGUGGGGCACGUGUGUUGGGGACUCUUCGUCGUCGUCGCCGCCCAACCAAUCGCCGGGCGGCGGCGGCAACGGUGUUAAUAAUAAUAACGGAGGCGGCGGCGGCGGCGUUGGCGGCGGUGUUAACGGCAGUGGCAGUGGAACGGGAGGAGGUGGUGCUGGUUGUGCUAACGGUGGUGCUGGUGGUGGUGCCAGCGUUACUGGGAAUGUAGGUAGUGGUAGUGCCGGUGGCGACGGUGGCGGUGAUCCGAGGACGUCACCGCAGAUCAACGGCCAUCCACCGUCGCCGUACGCGCAGCGGAAGAAAAUGUCACCACCCGCGCCGCAACAGCCACCAACCGGAAGUCCGUCCGACCAGCUUUGCAAGUCUCAUCAACAAGCGGACAUGCCAGACACACCGCCUAGUCCAACAGUGGCGGCUGCGGCGGCUGCAGCAGCGGCAGCCGCGUACGCUAACCACCAUCACUACCAUCACCAAAACCAGUAUCAUCACCACCAUCAUCAGCAGCAUCAUAUGACCGGGGGCCCUGAGGUAUGGACACCCCCGCACGCGCACCCACCACCACCACCACCUCCACCGCACCACUUCUAUGCUUAUCACCACCACCACAGCAGCAGCAACAACAACAACACCACCAACAACAACACCACAUCCACCACCAACAGCAGCAGCAGCAGCAACAACAACAACAACAACAGCAGCAGCAGCAGCAGCAGCAACAGCAACAGCAGCAGCAGCAGCAGCAGCAUGGUCGAUGCCUAUCAUCACGAUCCGUACCACCACAACAACUACUAUCAUCUGUACAAUCACACUGCUCACCACCAAACCGCUGUAAUGCCGGCGCCGGCGCAGUACCCGAGUCCGUCUCAGUCACGGUUAAAUCACAGGACUGCAGUCCUCUGUUGUCCAUCUCGGAGGUAACCAACACGCUGUUAAACCAGUGAACGGCACACCAAAAAAAUAAACGACUGGGUCCUAACCAGCACCGUCGCCCCUCCCCCUCAAAAACAGUACAUAGAAUCCCCGACGGGUGAGCUCGAAGUAACCGUGUACGGAAGGUGUAACGGAAAUGAGCGUACCGCCCGGCUUGUUUAAUAAUAUGAUAUUUUACUGUUUUACAUACGUCAUGUUAUGUAUAGGUAACUAACUUGUCUAUACAUUUUAUAAGUUCUCAAAGAUGUAUUCGUAAAAUUUAGCUUUUCGACGAUAUGGGCCACUUGGGUCGUGCUCGGACGAAAGGUUCUUUAUUUGGGAGGAUAUUUUAUAGCGCGACGAGUGAUAUCAUCACCGGGAGGCAACGAUACGUACUUAUCAUAUUAUUUACGGCGGUCAAAACGGGUUUCCUAUUCACUACAUGACGUAGGUACACCUCUAUUAUAAUACUGAAAUCGUCGUUUGUCGGCCUACAAUAUUAUGUUGAUUUUAUUUUAUUAAUAUAAAAUAUUAUAUUAUUAUGUACCUAUUAAAUGAUAUCAUUAUGAAAAUAAUUUCUAACUUUAUAUUUCUCUCCAGACUUUUGCUCGUCUAUUUUAAUAUGUAAUUCAUUGCACAAAAACUGAUUUUUAUCAAAACAUGUUUUCGUAAACCACUCCCUUAUAUUAUAUUUAAAACUUUUAUGUUUGUCAUCGUAAAAUCGAUUUAUUUUAGUUUUAUGGUUUGUUUCUGUGAUACGAAUAGGCUACAAUAAUAAUAUUAUAAUUUUUGUGAAAAUCUAUUCGCGCUGUGUUUGGUAGACGUAACCUAGUUUGUAUUUUUACAGUAAUAAUUAUUUUCGAUCGCUUCGACAUGUAAAGUUUUUUCUUAUCGGACAGAUCAUAAGAUUAUAAAUUUUAAUACAUGUAUACAUUACAUUGCUUGUAAAAAUAUUGUAUACAUAAUUUACCUAUCUAUUGAAUCUUCUCAAUUAAUUUAUUUGUAAUAUUUUCUUUUUUUGUUAUUUUUGACCCAUUUGUAAUUUAUUUUUGUAUAUAAUUAUUUAUUAUAAAUUAUUAAUUUAAAAUUACCAAAGACUAUUUUAUAAAAUAUUAUUGCGUUCUAAUCCAAUAGAUUGUUUCGUAUAGAUGCAAUUGUGUUUAA